AUGUCAUCAUUACUAGGCGCUGGAUAUGACUCCAGCGACGAUGACAAUACCACAGCCACCUACACACCGGCGACGACCGCCACCAAGGUCGUCGCUGCGCCAGAAGUGAAUACAGAGGAUCACGCGCACAUGCAAAUGACGCUCGCCAACACCUCCUCGCAAGCCCUCACCUACAACGCCACGUACGAUGACCUAAUGCGACCAUCGCAAGGGCCCGUCAAUCCCUUCAAACCAGCCGGCGCCGGCAACGGCGUCAAGCGCAAGAACGUCCCCACCGGCUUUGCGGAGGAGGCGGCUAUCAGCGAGUCGACGUUCUCGGCGCAACAUCGCACGUUCCAGAGUCUCGGGUACACGCGCAACCCUACCGCACCGGACCAGUUUGUCGGCGAUAUUCAGAGUGCGGCGCAGUUUGGCGGGCGCGACGUGGUGCAGAUGAAGCCGACCAAGGAGGCCUCGGCGAAGUGGCGUGCGAAGCGGCAAAGGAAAGGCGACUCCGGCGUUGUUGAGGGUGAGGGUGCUUAUCUGGGCCCGUGGGCGAAGUAUACGAAUCAGGAGCAAUAUGAUGAGGUGGAAGUUGGGAACGGAGAGGAGCACGAGCUUGCCAGCGAUGAGGAGUGGGUUGAGGAAGAUGAGACUCUGGCUUCCGGUGCACCGAUGCCUGCUAUGAGCAAGGCCGCGACUGAGUACGAGGGCGAUCUAACCAACGUGGAAAGAACCGAGUUCCAUGGCACAGAGCAGUUCGACUACCAGGGCCGGACGUACAUGCAUGUGCCUCAGGACCUCGAUGUCGAUCUGGACAAGGAAGUCGGCAGCAUCAAGAACUACGUGCCGAAGAAACUGGUGCACACUUGGAAGUCUCACACGAAGCCCAUUACUUCUCUACGGUUCUUCCCCAAAUCAGGCCAUUUGCUCCUUUCCUCGGCGGCAGACGGCAAAGCCAAGAUCUGGGAUGUGUACCAUCAGCGAGAGCUGCUGCGCACGUUCUCUGGCCAUAACAAGGCCAUCACGGACACAGACUUUCAUCCAACAGGGAAAACAUUCCUCACGGCCUCAUACGACCGACAGAUCAAACUCUGGGACACCGAGUACGGGAAGUGUUUGGGCCGAUUCUCGACCGGCAAGACACCGCACGUCAUCCGGUUCAACCCCGGCCCGGAACACUCGCACGAGUUCCUGGCCGGUAUGUCCGACAAGAAGAUCGUGCAGUUCGACACGCGAUCCGGCGAGCUGGUCCAAGAAUACGACCACCAUCUGGCCGCGAUCAACACCCUCACCUUCGUCGACGACAACCGACGCUUCAUCUCCACAUCGGACGACAAGUCCCUCCGCGCAUGGGAAUACGGCAUCCCUGUACCAAUCAAGUUCAUCGCCGAGCCAUACAUGUUCGCUCUCACGCGCGCAGCAGCGCAUCCGAACGGCAAAUACGUCGCCUUCCAGUCCGGCGACAACCAGAUCGUUGUGUACGGCGCGACAGACAAGUUCCGCCAGAACCGCAAGAAGAGUUUCCGGGGCCACAACAAUGCCGGCUACGCGAUUGAUCUUAAAAUCUCGCCGGAUGGCCAGUUCCUUGUUUCGGGUGAUGGCGGUGGGUUUGUCUGUUUCUGGGAUUGGAAGACGGGGAAGAUGUAUCAUAAGAUGAUGGCUGGCGGGAAGGAGGGUGGUGCUGUUACUUGUUUGGAUUGGCAUCCGCAAGAGACGUCCAAGGUUGUCACUGGUGGACUGGACUCGACUAUCAAGUACUGGGAUUAG